AUGAUAUCCAUGCAACGCUCGCUCUCCUCGCCCGUUUGCGUUCAAGCCUCCCCUCCUGCAUCACCCUCCGACUCUCGUCCAUCCUCCAGAUCCCCCGUCCAAGCCUCUGCGGACCUCCAAUCACCCAUAGCCACGCCUCGCCUUCGAUCCAGAAGUCCCACGAAGCCCCCGGCCCUCCAGGAAUACCAUGUUACUCUCCCGAUGCGCAGGGCACAUGAUACAUCCUCCCAGCAGGGUCGCCAGUCACCAGCAAAAGGAGCGAGUCCCAUAAUCAUGCAGAAACCGAUCAUAGACCAGGCGGUCCUACCGGGCAAAGGCCCCGAGGACAGAAUCCCAAGGACCCACGCAAGUGCCGAAGAAGGACUCCCUGCGCUUCCGAGCACGGCGCCGGUCAAGGCACCGCAACCGCUUCUGGGCGACCCGGCCUUGUAUGCAAACACCAACAUCAACCUGGAACAGGAUGGAACUACCUUGGAGGAGCUCGCCCACCUGGUCCGGCUGUCCAAAUACCAGGAGCGCAAGCGCGCAAGCACGAGAGUUCGGCUGCAGCGCAAUCUUAUUUCGUCUGCCCUCUCGGCGAGGCUGACCAAGUGUGGGGAGAUCACUCUCCGGAACCUGGCCGAGUGCUUUCGGAACGAGGACAAGAAGGGGUUUGCCAGUCUCUUCAAUGCCAUCCAUGAUGUUCGGUCCAGCUGUGAUGAGACCAGGAGUUUCGCCGUCCUGGAGCCAGAGAUGGACUCGCUCAGGGCGCCCGGCGCGUCUUCGAGCUCUGGAAAUCCAGACACACCAGUGGGCACGUUUGGAGCCAUGUCCGCCGGUCAAUCCGUGGUGCCCUUUCUGAAUGACAUCUCCGCCUCGGCACGAGAAGCAUUUUUGAACUUUCUGACGCAGCUGCGCACUAACCCGGACUAUCUGGCUUCGCGCCUCAGUUCUCUGACCGCUUCCGAGAUUCAGGCACUGACUGUAUUUCACAAAGGCUUGGAGCCAAUCGAGCCCGUCAUGCCGUCGUUCAACCGCGCAGGCGCACGAGGAAAUGCCGGAUCGGCCGGUCGGGGCUCUAGUAACCAGCUCAAUGCUGUGGAGAGGCUGCUCUCGUUCCAGCGGCACGACCCCCUAUCUGCUCUGAUAUACACGUGUUUCGCCAAUUCUGCCGGUCCUGACAGUGCUGAAGACCGAAGACGGACCGAUGUCUGGGCCGCUGCUUGUGCGAGACUGGUCCAGAACAAGGCCCACCACUCCGUGCUGACCUCGGUCCUCAAUGUUUGGUCUACCAUGCGCGACUGGGCAGGCCGCUCAAACAUGGAGCUGUAUCUCAUGAAGAUCCUGGAGGAUGGAGCUUUCCUUUUGGAUCGUGCCGAGGAUCCCAACGGGACCAGGUUCAACCUGUCGACCUGGACUACCAAGGACAACGCUGCCAUGGAGGAGUUUUACGAGAAUGCCGUGGACGGUCUCUUUGAGAUACUCGACGACGAGGACGCCACUGGCAUCCCGGAGGGUGUCAUCGAACUCGGAAACGCAAUCCUGCGUCGCGUGGACAACAAGCUUGUUGAGGAAGUUCGUCGCUGGCUGGUCUACCAGUGGCUCUUUACAAACUGGCUAUUCGCCGUCAUCAUCCAUCCUGAGAGUUAUGGCAUGAUGGCUGAAUACCACAUCACCGAGUAUGGUAGGCAAAAGGUGCUGAAGCAGGUCGCCCACCGCGCACAAAAGCCCGUCUUGGACAUGCUCAUGUCGUCCUACAAGUCGAAGCCGGAUCCUGUGUCUCCUAAAAUCCAAGGACAUAUCCAGAACAUUCUCGGUCGCUUCCGGCCGUCCAGGACCACCAAGACUGCCAGGCUUCUCCCGGCUCGAUCCAUCACAUCUCUGCGAGAGACCGCCGAGGUGCACCCAUAUCUUGUGAUCAGCCCUGCCGAUCUUCUGACUCUGGUGAACGCACUCUUCCCGGAGAAGAGGCCGCAGUCAGGACAUAUGAGCAGCAUCAGGUCGGGCGCCCCUUCGCUGUCCGGGUUCUCCGCAAUAUCCCAGCCAGUCUCCAUCGGGACAUCCCGCAGCAACAACUUUGAGACCGCCUCGAUCGCGAGCUUCAGUGCUUCGUCCGUACUGAGCGAUGCAGCCACCUCACGUGAGCUUUCUUUUGAGCAGCAGACAGGCGGCAGCCCGCAGCGCUAUUCUCCACCAUUUCUUGAUCUCGCCUCACAACGCCCGUCAGUCAACUACGAGGAUGAUGGCUACCGGCUUCGGCUGGCCAUGCACGAGAUGGUCCAGACGCUCGGCGCAGAUGUUGUAGCUGGCUCGUGUCAUCCUUGCGCGGAACGCUGGGCUGUCCUCUUCAUUUCGUCAAAUGGUAGCAACCUCUCAUUGCAGAUGACUUAUGAUCCGGAUGAGGAUCUCGACGAAGAGAAUUCGUCCACGACGAGCGAGACCGAGGACGAAGAAGUGGAUCGGCCCGAGCUGGACAACGACUACCAUCUGCUGCGCGACUCGAUCCUGAAACUGGUUGAAGACUUUGAGAUCCCCAGGAACCUCGACGAUGACGGGUCGAAAAUCACGCUGAGCAACCGUGCUUCUGGACUGAAGAGAUACAAGUCGAAAAACAAAAUCGUGCUGCCCGAGUCAUCAAUGGGCAGCCGGAACCCGUACAGACCUCGCGUCAGCCAAGACGAUUUGUCAGCUCUUAAGUCACCGUCGCCCACUGUGGACGAGAACGACGUCGACGCGACCCCACAGCCUGUUCUGGUAACCAUGCUCAUCGCAGCUUCCUCACAAUCACGGGUGCAGUCCGACUUCGUGGGUGCCCACUUGUACUGGAGAACCCUUCAGCAGCUGAAUGCCCUGGGAUCCUCUUCCCUGCGCAAGAAUGGAUUCGCUGCGCUGCUCAACAUCUUUGCAAGAGGGCCUCGUGACUCCAUCCGUCGGUCAGCAUCCGCGACGGAAGAAUACGACGCCUGGCUCAUCUGGCUCAAACAAAGCCAGGAGCGCCACGAGGGACUCCUUGACACCAUGAUGAAGAGGCUCAGAGGCUUGCGAGACAAGAUGUGGUACAAGACGGACGUCCACAAUUCACAGCCAUAUGAAGACAUCCGGUGCCAUUGCACUGCUCUGAAGAUUAUGGGUGUCCCAAGCAAGUGGGACUCAUACAAGCGCAACAGAGCACAAAUGUCGCGUGGCUUGUCUGCGAACUUCCUCUACCAGAAUGAGUCGCAGACGCUCGAUCUACUUGCUGCUGCCGAGGAGCAAGGCGGUCCCAACAAGUUGAGGGACGACCAAGCUGACAAGACUUCACGGUGGCUGGAACAAUAUGGCAUCGAGAACUUCUGUCGUGGAGAAGAGCGGAUUCAUCGCUUCUGCUGCGAAGUCGACACCUGCAUCAGCAAAUUGGUGGCCGAGCAGGUCAUGGACAGCCCAGUUCUGUGGUCGAGUGAACUGUUCGCUCGUGACCGCGCCGCCUUUGGUGGUCCUCGCGUUGCUGCUUCUGCUCGCGAGAGGGAAAGUUACUAUAUUGAUGAGGAUGUUGUCAGCGUCGUCAGCGGCCACGGGAGACGAUACACGUCCUCGUCUACACGACCCGGCUCAGUGGCUCGGGAUCUGCGAAGUGUCACGUCCUUCAACCUGAGCCAGAUCUCUGUUGAUUCGAGUCGUUUCGCCCAUCCCAGGCACAGCGCUGCCAUGUCUGAUAUUCUUGACGCUCAUGAGUACUUCGGGGUAGCCUCACCAGUACACUCGAUCGACCCUACGACAACAUAUUGGUCGCCCUUCCAGUCAACAAUGCCAUCGGCCGCCUCGGCGAUGUCCACAACAUCUCGUGCUCACUCGCCUACGACAAGUCUCACGAAUCUGUCGAGCCCUUUCUCUCACCCCUUCUCGUCUGUUGCCUCGCAGUCUGGUCAGGCCAGGCCCGGUACAUCGGCCUCGUCCAAUGAGACUGUCCACCAGCAGCGCAUCUCGGAUGAGAAACAGCAAUUCCUUUCCGACCUGCGCCAAACGCUUACGAGCCUGCUGCUAUCUGACCUUGGCAAUCUCGUCUUUUCUCGGGGUUCGGAGACGGACUCGUGGUUCAACGACCUGGGACAACAGUGUAUCGAACGCGAGGAGGCCCAGGCAGCGCGGGCACCGACUAAGGCGGCAAAGACAGACCGGAACGGACCUUCCGCCCCCAAGCCUAGGGUGAUCGAGAAGAAGAAGAGCUUCGGCGACUUGCGGGGUGCUGGUGAAAGCGCCAUAGACACAACCUCGAAUCAUGGUGCUGGCGGCCCCAGCCAAGGUCCUGAGCCGUCAAAGACGGUCGCCAGUAGCUCAUCGACAACAAAGAGCCGCAACACCGUUGCCAAGGACGGCAGCUCAGACUUCCCGUACAAGAAGGCGUAUCAGAGGCUCUUCCGGAUGUUCUGCGUCCAUCCCAACCCACAUGUGAAGCUCAGCGCUCUGUUUGAGCUCAAGAACCUGGUGGAGGCCUCAUUACUUACAAGUGGACGCAAGAACAAGUGGGCUCGACAGCGACAGCUUGGUAUGCAGAAUGACCAGCAAGAGCACGGAGGUCACCAGAGAGCCAUUGAGCAAACCAUUGACAGUGUGAAAGAACGACGUUCGCACGCAAGCCAACCCGUCGCGCCUCACCCGUGGGGCUCGCGGUUCCCCGGCGCCUCGGACACCAAAUCCAUCAUGUCGGUAAUGCAACCGAACACUGAUGCCGUCGCGAACAUGCUCCUGUCGCUGUUCAAGGACAGCCAGAUCCGGCCGAAGACGCUGUUUCGCGACCUGCAGUUCAUUUCAUCCUUUGUCCCCCCCUCUAUUCUGGACAGGAGCGAGAAGGGCAGGGCUUUCUGGGACACGGGCCUUGCUGCUCUGACACUCAAGCAGGACGUGUGCCGCACCAUGGCAAACACGGCCUACGAAAUCAUCGACUUGGAUCAGCAGUCGCGAAAGCCGGCGGCUGCCAGCACCGUCAGUGCUGGAGACAAAGAGGAUAAGGGAGUGGGUGGUGGCGGCAAGCACUCUCUCAGUCCAAGGGAUGCUGCGCGCAUGUACAGCAUCACCGCGAAGGAGGGCGACCCCAUGGCACAGCGCGAGCUCGCGUUGCUGAUCCUCACGCGGCACGAGCUGGUGGCCGACAGGUCGACUCUGCCGCUCGCAAAGCCGCGCGACGUCUUCAAGCAGGCGGUCAUGGAUAACUUUGGCGGCGGCGGCAGCAGCGGAGGCCGCUCCGGGGUGAGCAGCGCGCGCCACGUUGGCGAGCGCGUGCGCACUGGUGGGCUCUCGUCGUCGUCGUCGUCGUCGGCGCCCGGGCUUGGCGGUCCGCAGGAUGUGGGUGGUGUCGGCGAUGUCCGGCCGGACCCAAGCCUGAUGUGCGUCGCAUUCCACUGGAUGGAGACUGCGGCCCAGGGGGGUGAUGCGCAGGCCAAGCAGUUCCUGGUGGACAAUGACAUGCGGAUGAACUGA